ACGCCCUGUGCCCUCUUCAACAAAACACCCGGAUGGAGUCGUACUUCCGAGUCUCGUCAGCUUCUCAGCGUAAGGCUGGGCGCGGGAAGGAGGCGAGGCAGCGAGCUGGGCGGGCCGGAGCCGGGGAAGUGGGCCGCGAGUGGGCUAGGGCAGGAGGAAAGGGAAAGUGUGUUGGAAGACUGGAAGCUGUUUAUUUCGAUUCUUAUAAUUGUUAGUCCUUCUGGGGGUCGGCCCACUUGCAGUAACAAACCUGGAACUCACUUCGACCCCUGGAGUGUAAGCGGCGUGCGGGAGCCGAUGUUUCCCCUGAGUGCCCCUUUGCUCUGUUCCCACCCCGCCACGUGCGCAGACAGGCAGGGCGGUCCUGAAGCUUCCAACAAGGUCAGAGACGCUGUUCAGACGCUGCUGCUGUGGCUUAGGCGAGGAGCAGCCCGGUCUGACUCGUGCGUUUUUGCUCGCUACUGCCAGAACGUAAUUUCUGUUAGGACUCCCCAAGACCUCAGACCUAACAGACCCACAGCCUGCCCCUUGUGUGGUUCUGUCUUCGUCAGAGCGUUUGCCCCCGAAUCGCACGUCCUCGGCACCAAAGAGCAGGGAGUCCGUUUCUCAGAGCUCUGCUGUGCUCGUGAAAACCCGGUUACAUACCUGAAAUUCCUGUAAUAAGGGACAAAAUGGUGAAGCUCUUGAUUGGAGACUAAGGAUGGAGUUGACGCCAUUUAGAAUGCUCAGAUUCAAGAGGCAAGCACAAAGGAGAGUUGAUGAUGGGUCCUGAGCAGGGACAGCUGGAAAAGCAGUAUUCUGUGCUUCACCGUCUACACAAUGAAUCCCAGUAUGAAGCAGAAACAAGAAGAAAUCAAAGAGAAUAUAAAGAGUAGUUCUGUCCCGAGAAGAACUCUGAAGAUGAUUCAGCCUUCAGCAUCUGGAUCUCUUGUUGGAAGAGAAAAUGAGUUGUCCACAGGCUUGUCCAAAAGGAAACAUCGGAAUGAUCAGCUAACAUCUGCAACUUCCAGCCCUGGGGUUAUUGUCCCAGAAUCUAAUGAAAAUAAAAAUCUUGGAGGAAUCACCCAGGAGUCAUUUGAUCUUAUGAUUAAAGAAAAUCCAUCUUCUCAAUAUUGGAAAGAAGUGGCAGAAAAACGAAGGAAGGCGCUGUAUGAAGCACUUAAGGAAAAUGAAAAACUUCAUAAAGAAAUUGAACAAAAGGACAAUGAAAUCGCCCGCCUGAAAAAGGAGAAUAAAGAGUUGGCAGAAGUAGCAGAACAUGUACAGUAUAUGGCAGAGCUAAUAGAGAGACUGAAUGGUGAACCUCUGGAUAACUUGGAAUCACUGGAUAGUCGGGAAUUUGAUUCUGAAGAAGAAACUGGUGAGGAUUUUGAAGUGGAAGACUCAGAAAUUGGCACUUGUGCUGAAGAAAUUGUAUCUUCCUCUACAGAUGCAAAGCCCUGUAUAUGAAAUGCAUUAUUAUUUGACUGUUGAGAAUUUUACUGCCAAAGUUUACCUCCACUAGUUCUUUGUAGCAGAGUACAUAACUACCUAAUGCGAACUCUGGAAUCAAGCUUCCUUGUUUGAAUCCUGGGACCCUAUUGUAUUAAAGUACAAAUACUAUGUAUUUUUAAUUUACGAUGCUUUAUGUAAAUAGGAUUUUCUCAGUUGUCAGGCAUGACAUGCAUAUGACUAAAUAAACUUCAAACUCCUGUUGAACAUGUGUACAACUUAGAAUAAUACAAGGAGUCUGUGUAGAAAA